AUGGAGCUGGGCGCCGACUGCUUUGAGCAGAAGUUGCCUAUGCUGGAGGAGCUCAUUCUGGCCUCGGACUUUCUGGGUUUGGACAUAGAAUUUACAGGCUUGAGGUCCAUCUACCCAAAAGGCCAGCAAACCAGUCUCUUUGACUCACCAGCAGAGUGGUAUCUGAAGACCAGAAGGAGCAUUCAGCAGUUUACAGUGUGUCAGAUUGGAUUGUCAAUGUUUUCAAAUAUGGGAAGAAAGUCAAACAAGUAUUUAGCCCAUUCAUAUAACUUCUUCCUCUUCCCUACCACUCUUGGAAUUAUGGAUUCAGAGUUCUCCUUCCAGGCCUCUAGUAUUCUUUUUUUGAAUCAGUAUGGUUUCGAUUAUAAUAAGUUUCUCAAAAAUGGGAUUCCAUAUAUGAAUGAAGAACAAGAAAAGAAAAUUAAGCAAGAUCUUCUAACAGGGAAUUGGAAAGUUCGUAGUACAUUGGACAAAGACCAAAUGAAGGUGGUGAUUGAUGAGGUAACUCGGUGGUUGGAGAUGGCACAAGAAGGAGAUUGGAUGACACUUCCUGAUAUAACUGGGUUCCAGGCUUUUGAGGUACAGUUGGUACUGAGGCAGGCUCUCCCCACAGUUUGGACCUUGAUGAAAGACAAAGGGGUGUUAGUGAAGAAAGUGAGCAGGCAAUACCGCUGGUGUCUAGAGAAUUCCUCUCGUGACCAUGAUGACUGCAGGAGAGAGAAGAUUCUCCUGUCUGCUCGGGGUUUCGCUGUCUUUUUCCAGAUGCUGGUAAAAGCCAAGAAGCCUUUGGUGGGACAUAACAUGAUGAUGGAUCUUUUGCACCUUCAUGAGAAGUUCUACAGACCUCUCCCAGAAUCCUAUGAACAAUUUAAGCUGAACAUCCAUGGCUUGUUUCCAGUCCUCAUAGAUACCAAGAAUGUGACAAAAGAGAUUUGGAAGGAACUAAGUUUCCCGAGAGCUUCAAAUCUUUUGGAGGUUUAUGAAGUCCUAAACAGUGACCUGAAUCCUACCAAGAAUUCUUGUCCAGUAAUCAUCCAUGCAAGCGAGUGUAUCAAAUAUGUUGAGACCAAAUACCCUCAUGAAGCAGCUUAUGAUGCCUUCCUUUGUGGAUCAGUACUCUUGAAGGUGGCCCACUUACUGCUACAUAGAUCAACUGGGGGCGUGAGACUGGAGCCCACGUUCCCUCAGUAUCUUGGGGUGCUGGCCCCUUAUGUGAACCAGGUGAACCUUAUCCGAGCUUGUAUCUCUAAAAUCAAUUUCUCUGGCCCAGAUUCCCCCAGCAGCCGGCCACCCACCCUAAUUCUCAAAGUCAAGAGGUGGCCUGGGGUAGAUGAAGAACAGAUUUAUUAUGAAUUCAAGGAUCUCUGCAAAUUUGAUGUCCGGCGAUUCACCCGGAACCAGUUUCUGCUUAUGACCAACAAGUUUAAGGAUGUCAGGAUUGUGUUGCAAGAAUACAGGUAUCACCCUGACCUGCAAGUGAUGCUGUACCGAUAUUGGAGACAUUCACCUAAUAUCAACUGCAUACUACAAAUCUGUGGCGUUGUUACUGCUUGGGCCUUUCUGGCUUUUAUUCUUGGAGGAUCUCCAUCGCAUGUACAGUGA